AUGACCCAGCUGUUAAGCGUUGUCAUACUGGCUAUGACAAGUCUGACAGAGGCAAACAAGAAAGUAAGCGAAAUCAAGUGCAACCCAGCUCCACACUUCAAAUCAUGGUGGCAAGAGGGCUUCGAAGCCGUAUACACCGAUCUAGGCGUAGAAGGAACAACUGGACGCGUUGAAGUUCUGCCCGGUGGCUGUAGUGAGUUGAGUAAAGCGAUACGACAUGGAGUUACAACCAAUGCCCAGGUUUGCAGCACUAGGGGAGACAAGAUCUACCCGUCGCGUGCAUAUCUGUCUAGUUAUAUCCUGGAUAUCCAUAACGUGUGUACGGGUAAGGAUCUGCCUCAUGAUGUCAAAGAAGGGAUUCUGGAGGAUACUGAUGGGUAUUAUGUGCGGGUUUAUAAUGAUGCGCAAUAA